AUGGGUAGUAGGACUUUGAUCUGGAUUUUCUCCUCCUUAACCUUAGCCCUCCUAUGUUCCUCCCUAGAUUUUGUUCCUGCCGAUAAUUACCUUGUCAACUGUGGAUCCGACUCAGACACCAAGGUCGGCAGCCGCGUAUUUUCCGCCGAUAAAUCCGAUUCAAAGCUUCUCUCCACCCCUAACCAUGUCAUCGCCAGUACCUCCACAAACCCGACUCCCGACGAUUCCUCGCCUCUCUACCAAACCGCAAGAAUCUUCGACAAGCCUUCCACCUACACAUUCUCCAUCAACCGACCAGGCCGCCAUUUCAUCCGCCUUCACUUCUACCCUUUCGUCUACUCAACUUACAACAUGAGCCAAUUCAGCUUCGACGUCUCCACGCCAAACCACGGCCUUCUCAGCAAGUUCACUGUCAACGGCAUCAAGGUCAAGGAGUUCUCCAUCAAUGUAACAUCGAGCACCCUCCCCAUCACAUUCGCCCCAUCCGCGAACUCGUUCGCCUAUGUCAACGCCAUGGAAGUGACGUCGGUGCCAGAUAACCUCAUCCAAGAAGGCGCAUUCACGUACAACCCCAAGGCGGAUUUCAUCGGAGUGGUGUGGCAAGCUCUGGAAACAAUCUACAGAGUGAACAUGGGCGGGCUAUUGCUCAACUAUGCCAAUGACACCUUGUGGCGAACUUGGGUUCCCGACGGCGAGUUCUUACUCGAGGAGAGCUCUCGGCAGAAGAUAAACAAUGUUCGUGCGGUCACUUAUGUCGCCGAUGGCUCAUCAGAGGAGGUUGCUCCAAAGAGUGUCUAUGGUACUGCCUCGGAGAUGGCUUCAGCAGGUACUCCUAAUAACAACUUCAAUGUGACGUGGCAGUUCAAUGUGGAUCUUGGGUUUCAGUAUCUUGUGAGAUUCCACUUCUGUGAUAUACGGCAGAAUGGUUCGCUUAAUCAACUUGUGUUUGAUGUUUACGUGAACUCAUUGUUGGCUAUUAAGGACUUCGAUAUCAGCGCAACUUCGUCCAAUGUUCUUGGUGCUGCUUACUAUCGAGAUGUGGUAACGCCUUUGAUCUCUGAUAACACGCUUCGUGUGAGUAUUGGACCCAGUAAUUUGGGUUCGUAUCCUGAUGCGCUUCUGAAUGGGCUCGAGAUUAUGAAGAUGAACAACUCCAUGGGCAGUCUUAGUGGUUCUGCUGCUGUAUCUCCAAAAAAUCAUGGUUCCAAGAGCAAAGUAUGGGCGAUUAUAGGAGCGGUCGUUGGAUGUGCAAUUGCACUAUUCUUGGUUGUAUGUCUUGUUCUGACUUUCCGAAGAAGAAAGGAGCAGGAAGCCAUGGGGCAUUCCAAGACAUGGAUGCCGAUAUCGAUCAGUGGCCAUUCUCAUACCACUGGGAGCAAGUACUCGAAUGGAACGGCUGCUAGCAACAACCUCCAGUACCGGAUUCCGUUCGUGCAGGUUUCAGAUGCCACGAACAACUUUGAUGAGAAUCGGGUUAUAGGCAUCGGUGGGUUCGGGAAAGUAUACAAGGGAGUUCUGAAUGAUGGUACUGAAGUUGCUUGUAAAAGGGGCAACCCUCGAUCCCAACAGGGGCUGGCAGAGUUCCAGACCGAGAUUGAGAUGCUUUCUCAGUUCCGACACCGCCAUCUCGUUUCCCUCAUAGGUUACUGUGAUGAGAAGAACGAGAUGAUUUUGGUGUAUGAGUACAUGCAGAACGGUACUCUCAAGAGUCAUCUCUAUGGGUCCGAGCAUCCUAGCUUGGGGUGGAAGGAAAGGCUCGAGGCCUGCAUCGGAGCAGCUAGAGGGCUUCAUUAUCUCCACACUGGCUAUGCCAAGGCAGUUAUCCAUCGCGAUGUGAAGUCUGCCAAUAUAUUGCUGGAUGAGAAUCUCAUGGCGAAGGUGGCCGAUUUCGGGCUCUCAAAGACUGGUCCCGAAAUCGACCAGACCCAUGUUAGCACUGCGGUCAAAGGUAGUUUCGGGUACCUCGAUCCGGAGUACUUCAGAAGGCAGCAGCUGACGGAUAAAUCAGACGUGUAUUCAUUUGGGGUGGUGUUGUUCGAAGUACUAUGUGCGAGGCCCGUUAUCGAUCCCACUCUGGCUAGGGAAAUGGUGAACUUGGCAGAAUGGGCGAUGAAGUGGCAGAAGAAAGGACAGUUGGAGCAGAUCAUCGAUCAGUCUCUGGUGGGGAAAAUCAGACCAGAUUCGCUGAGGAAGUUUGGAGAAACCGCCGAGAAAUGCUUGGCUGAGUACGGUGUAGACAGACCUUCCAUGGGAGAUGUGUUGUGGAACUUGGAGUAUGCUCUUCAGCUUCAGGAGGCAGUUGCUGCAGGAGAACCCGAGGAUAACAGUACGAACAUGAUUGGUGAUCUCUCUCCACAGGUCAACAACUUAAGCCAAGUGGAUAGCUCGGUCUCUGUAGCGCCGUUUGGAGUGUCUCCUAUCGACGAUGACAUCUCGAAUGCUUCAAUGAGUAAGGUGUUCUCCCAGCUGGUCAAGUCCGAGGGGAGAUGA